AAUUUUUUGCUGAAAAGUCAUGCAAGAGCCUUGUCUUUUUCUUCCACUACUAUUCGGCUUCUUUCUAUUAAGUUUAACUGAAUUCGCCCAUGCACCUUUUUAAUUUUCCACAUCCUUCUUUUUCUUUGUAUAUAUAUAUAUAAAUCGUGGUGUCUCAUUCUUCAUAGUUAAGCAAUCAAAGAAACAAAAAUGGAUGGCCAAAAAGCAGUGUUGAAGAGCAGGCCAUUAUUUGGCUCAAGAAAUAUGAAGAAAAGUGAAUCAGAACUUGCUUUGGAGGAGCUGUUUGCAUCUGAUCAAGACGACAAAUUGGGAGGCUCAGAUCAACAUGCUUUCUUCCCCAUCGACAACCUGCAUUUUAAUUUCAAAAAUUCGGAGAUUCACUCAAGCAUGAGCUCCUUCACAGAGAAUAAUUACCCAUUCUCAGCUUCUCCAAAUCUGAAUCCUAAUCCACCAAAGCUUUCCACCGCCAUCGACUCCCCAUUAUCCAUAUGUGUUGACAGUCCCCAAUCAGAUGAAGAAGAAUACCUGGAAGGCGAUCAAUACAAUCAUAAUCCCGCUGACGACACCAAACGCAUCAAAAGGAUGGUUUCAAACAGAGAGUCAGCUCGGCGAUCAAGACGAAGAAAGCAGGCGCAUUUGAGCGAUCUGGAAGAGCAAGUUGAGCAAUUGAGGGGAGAGAAUGCGUCGCUCUUCCAACAGAUGGCCAAUGCCUCUAACCAAUACAAAAAUGCUGCUACCAACAAUCGAGUCCUCAAAUCCGACGUCGGAGCUCUCAGAGCCAAGGUGAAAUUAGCAGAGGAUCUGCUGGCACGUGGCUCUUUGACCUCCAGUUUGACCCAUCUUCUUCACAACUAUCUCAACGCACCAGAGGAUGGCUACAUCUGAUGUGUGUGUGUGUGUGUUUUCUAUAUAUAUGAUAUCCUUAUAUAUGUAUGUUGUUGCAUGCUAGCUUUGAUGAUCAGCUUAUGUUAAUUUUAUUCAUUUCAUGAUUAUGUAUUAUUGAACUGCUGCGCUCAUCAUGUCAGACAUUAUAAUUUCAAUUCAUAAUUAGCUUUAUAUUUA